AUGCCACCCCGGAUACAAAGCCGGCGUGUGUCCAACACCCUCCUCCCCUACCUUUCCUCCUCCUCCUCAUCUCCAGCCUCUCACUCCUCCCUUCUUACUUCCCGCCAAUUCUCAAGCACACCAGCACAGCAGACCAAGCUGCGCCGAGAAAUGUUCGCAUGGCUCAACACCACGGGAGCCACACUGAAACACCACGUCCCCGGCGAGACCAACUAUGUGACCGGGGUGGUCAGAAACGUCAUGAGCGAUGGCGGCUCGAAACUCCCAUUCCCUAACAAUCCUAGUUUUUUCAGCGAACCCGUCUUGAGCGAGGAGCUGCGCAAUGAGAUCUAUGCGCGUGUCACGAAGCAGCAGAAGAGUAUUCGCGCUGUCAGUGUCGAUAUGGGGAUCGAUAUGAAUCGUGUGGCCGCCGUGGUGAGAUUAGUCGAGUUGGAGAAGAGGCAAAGAGCUCAGGGAAAACCACUGGCCCUGCCCUAUGCACGGGCAAUCCACGAAAUGGUCCCUGUCACACCGCUCUCCCAAGAUGGCGAGCGACAAACUUACCACGAGCCCAUCAACGACCUCCCCACCCACCCAUCGACCGGCGCUCAGAUCUUCUACCCGGUGCCUGAGUCGCGAAAAUUCACCCGCGUAGACGCCGGCCGAGUCUUCUCCGGCGCUCCGGCAAUGGACCAUGAAACAGCAGCGAAGAUCUCCCACCCAUCCGACCUAGCCGAGGGCAUAAUGGAGAAGCCCAACUCAAUUGAAUGGGUCGGCAAGGGUGACAACGCCCGCCAGGUGCUGCAGCCCGCGGAUGUGCGCAUUCCGCAUCCACAACUAGUCAACUUCGAGAUCGAUCGCAUCAACGAACCUCUCGCCCGCCGGGAGCGCGCAGAGCGCCAGGCCCAGCGGAUCAAAAAGCAAGAUGAAUUGGAGCAGAAGCGUCGCGAGCGCGCCCAGGCGCGCCGCCAGGACCGUAUCGCUAAGGUCGAGCCUGCGGAUUCGCGCUUUGAGUAUCGCUUCCAUGAUACUGUCGUUAGCAAGGAGACUACUGGUCCUCACGGCAAGGGUCACCUCGCUCCCGGUCGGAGGUAUGGAGUGCCUUCUGAGGAUCGGAAGCGCGGUAUCGUCAAGAUUCCGACUCGUGUGGGGGCGUGA